GCCACGCACAAAACGCAUAUCGACUUAAAUUAAAAGCGGAUUGACUGCUUCGAACUCUUCUGCUAUGGCGACGAUAAACAGAUCCAAUCUUCUUCUUUCUCUUUCUCUAACGCUUUGUUUCUGCGUUCUUCUGCCAACAACUCUCGCUUUCUCAUCUGGGCUGAAUGAUGGUUUCACUAUCAAUGGUCGAGUAAAAAUCCCAAAUUUUGGGACUAGAGAUUUUGGUUUGCCUGCAAAGACUUCAAAUAUCAAAGUGAUACUCAAUGGUGGUCAAAGGGUUACAUUUUUGAGGCCUGAUGGAUAUUUUUCAUUCCAUAACGUUCCAGCUGGCACUCAUCUAAUUGAAGUGGCUGCAACUGGUUAUUUCUUUUCACCGGUUCGUGUUGAUGUUAGUGCUAGAAACCCUGGAAAAGUCCAGGCUGCAUUGACGGAAACCAGAAGAGGGUUGUCUGAGUUGGCUUUGGAGCCCUUGAGAGAGGAAUACUACUAUGAGAAAAGGGAACCCUUCUCACCCCUGUCUCUAGUGAAGAGCCCUAUGGGUCUUAUGGUUGGAUUCAUGUUGUUAGUUGUCUUCGUGAUGCCCAAACUAAUGGAAAACAUGGAUCCUGAGGAAAUGAGACAAGCUCAAGAGCAAAUGAGGAGUCAAGGUGGACCAUUGGCAAGCUUGUUAGGCGGUGGUGCUGCUGCUCCGAGAAAUUGACUCUAAAGUCAAUUAUUUGAAGAUGCUAAAUUUAUAGUACAAUAUUCAGAUUUCAUUCAGACUUUUUCGCCGUUUAUGUAUUUUUUCAUAGGUUCAGUAUUUUAACAUUAACAUUAAGUGCACCAAUCCACGUAUUUUAGGUUCCCUAUUACAUUCCUCCCCUCCCUCAGUUGCACUUUUGCAAACGAGUGGCCCUUAUAUUUUUGUAAUGAGGCAUGCAGUCAAAUUGAUUUGAUCAAUCUUAA